GUCAAAGUCAAAUAUACGAAAAAAUGCGUUUUGCAAUCAUUUCAACAUUUUGCGUAAUAUUGCUAUAAAAAAUUGUUUAAAAGUAUGCGUAAUUUAUAGAAUCGUAUGCUUUAAAACACAAGUGUAAUUGUAUAACAUUAAGAUUUCGGAAAUCAGAAAAAAAUGGCAAGUUCAGUCAUACUAGCGGGGUUAGGCAUGGCAGCAGUCGGGUUCGCCGGCCGCUACGUCUUACGUCAAAUGCCCAAUGCCUCAUCAAAAUUUGCAGAAGCUGUAAGAAACUUACCAAAAUUUGAUGCUGAAAGUUUAGCCCAUUCUAAAUAUUACAAAGGAGGCUUUGAACCGAAAAUGACAAAAAGAGAAGCUGCAUUAAUUCUGGGUGUCAGUCCCACCGCAAAUAAAAAUAAAAUAAGAGAUGCGCAUCGAAAGAUAAUGCUUCUAAACCAUCCAGAUCGAGGUGGCUCUCCAUUAAUUGCAGCCAAGAUCAAUGAAGCUAAAGACCUCUUGGAGAGUGGAAAGUCAUAAUGGCAACAUGUGAUUAGUAGUAGUGAUUACCUGUGUACAUAUAAAACAAAUAAAUAUAGAACAAUGUAGUGAACAAUCAUAAACAUUGGUUGUUGGAGACACCUGAAAAUUGUAGUCAAAAAUACUUUGCUGUAAGGGUAAUAUAA